AAGACUAUGGCCAAGGUAUUAAAUUCGAUACAGAUUUUUUUAAGGAGCACUGAGAAAAGUGCACAUUGCGGGUCUGUAUCCACAGUUUUCGGUGUAAUCUCUAUACUCUUCCUCAAUUGACCAUUUUAUAAACUGUUUCAUUAAUUGUCGGCUAUAAGAAUGAAUGCGCUCCAUUACUAAACAAAGGAUAAAAUUGACAAACCACUUCAAUAUAUAACUGAUAAUAUGAACGAUUUAUGAAAGCAAGUAAAAAGAAUGAAUUAACAUCAUAAAUCAUUAUCAAUAAAUGUAUAGAAAAAAAUAAAAUCAACGAUAACCUGUUGGAUACGUUUAACUACAUGAGAGUUGGAAACCAGUAAUUGUAUCGGAACAGCUUAAGGUGGUUUUCUUUCAAACCGUAGAAAAAUUCAAUUACCUAUUCUUCCAUUCAAAAAUUCAACCAAGACCAUCGGAAAAUAUGUUUUUAUUGCAGGUGGAUUUGUAAUGAAAAAUAUUUCAACUAUACAUCAAUAUAAAAUUCUUUGAAAGAUUUACAUAAUUGAAAUUAUAUCACAGGCAUGCCUUGUCUGUUUUCGUAUACAUGAUAUCGUAAAUGCCUUUUUGAUCAUAAUCGCAUUAAUUAGCAUUAGAAAAUAGUUAUAGAUACGGAAGUUUGAUACACGAUUUGAAACUAGUUUUGACACAGGACACAUAUAUGCGAGAUCGUUUAUUUACGAUACAAGGAGAAACAUUUGACACCAUGUACAAAAUAGGAUACAAACUUCUUAUUCUCUAUUUGGUAAUAUUAUGUUUAAAAAACAUUUUAUGCGUAAACUACAAAAAUGAAACACAACCCUCAGUCGCUAAUGGAAGUUCCUUUUCCAAAGCAUUAAGCCAGAAUCUACUUAGAGGUGAAGUUGUCAUCAUCAUAGGUGCCAUAAUUUGGUUGUUACUGCUGGGUACAAUGGCUGUUGGAGUCAAACAAACACACUGUUUACAGGGAUUAUUCUCAUCAAGGAAAAGCGAACGCGACCUGUAUCAAGUCAUAGAGCUACAAGAAUCCCGAGAAAAUUUUGAGAAUGAGAUUAAUGAAAUUUAUGAACAAAUUUUGCCACAUGUAAAUGCUAUCAAAGGGAGUUUCCCUGUUGAUGUUUUCGUUAAAAUGGUAAAGAAAACGACAAGCAGUGAUUUGAAAAGCGAAUUUAAGGAAAUUCCAAGUGCAGUUACAAAUGCGUGCCAGCACGCCUAUCUAGAAGAAAAUCGUCGGAAAAAUAGAUACAAACGGAUAUGCCCAUAUGAUUAUAACAGAGUGAAACUUAGUAUGACGGAUAUGCCAGAUUACACAGAUUACAUCAAUGCCUCCUACAUUCAUGGUUUUAAGAAUGAAAACAAAUUUAUUGCAGCCCAAGGUCCAUUUAAUCACGAAACAACUCUAUUAUUCUGGGAGAUGGUUUGGCAGUCGGAUUGUAGUACAAUCGUUAUGUUUACGAACACGAGGGAGCAACAGAGAACACGAUGUGGGGAAUACUGGCCCGAAAAUGAAGAACGAAUUGGAAGGAUUAAAAUAAAGUCAAUUAAAUGUAGCAGAUCUGCAUUUAUCAUUGCGAGAACAUUUGUACUUGAAAAGAGUGACGAAACCCAUCAUGUCAAACAUUAUCAAUUUACUGGUUGGGUGCAGAAGGAAUCCCACAGUGUCUCAAAUGCGUUUUUACAGCUGUACAACUUGACGCAUAGUAAAGAAGAGUCAAGUCCCAUCAUAGUCCAUUGCAGCUCUGGAAUUGGUAGAACAGGUACAUACAUUGCAUUUGAUCAUCUAAUGGAUGAAGCACAUGAGACCGGGCAGCUCAGCGUCCAAGACUGUAUCAUGAAAUUACGAAAUCAAAGACCACGAAUGGUGCAGACCUCUGAUGAUUACCAAUUUCUGCUCAGAAUGCUGGCGGGAAACAUCACGCAUGUGUAUGAUGAGGCUGUUACAUUAGACUUGUAAAUGGAAGAUGUAUGUGGGGGUCUUGAGAUUCAUUCAUACCAUAAAAACUUUUGACCAAAGUUAUGUUUUUGCAAAAGUAUUUCAGUCAAAUAUAUUUGUAUUUGAAGGUAUAUUUUGAAUGCAUCUGAUUAGCUUUGUUCAUUAAGCUAUUGUAUCUUUUGUAAUAAAUCUUGAAUAGAAAGAAUAUUGUACUAGAUAUUGGAACAAUAUUUUU